AAAUCUUGAGUCCGACUUCAGUCCAGGAGAGACCAUGUCCGCCGUCAUAGGCAAACUGUACUCACCUCUACUCUCAUUUAAAACUCAUUAUCCAUGAAAUAACAGUAACGCGGGGCCUGAAGAAUGGCCAACUCGGGGGCUGUUCAGGUAAAACUCGAACUCGGUCAUCGUGCCCAGUUCCGAAAGAAACCCACAGUGGAAGGCUUUACCCACGACUGGAUGGUGUUUGUCCGAGGACCAGAGCACAGCAAUAUUCAGCACUUUGUGGAGAAAGUAGUUUUUCACCUGCACGAAAGCUUCCCUAAACCAAAAAGAGUGUGCAAGGAUCCACCGUACAAAGUGGAGGAGUCUGGAUACGCUGGCUUCAUCUUGCCUAUUGAAGUUUACUUCAAAAAUAAGGAAGAACCGAAGAAAGUUCGCUUUGAUUACGACCUGUUCCUCCACCUGGAGGGCCACCCACCGGUCAAUCAUCUUCGCUGUGAAAAGCUCACCUUCAACAACCCAACAGAGGAGUUUCGUAGGAAGCUACUGAAAGCUGGAGGGCAACGGGAUCCUCACAAACGAAGUUCAGAAGACUCCAAAGUGAUGGUAAUGCAGGAGGGCUCCACCUCCCUGUUCAGCCAGAACCUGAAGCUGCCUACACUUCCCAACAGCUCGCUGACAUCCACCUUCUCUGACCCAAAGAAGAGCAAAAGCUUCCAUGGGUCAAAGGAUGGCUCCAAAGGAAGCAGCACCACCCUUCUCACCACCGCCACAACCACCAACAGCAGCAGCUUCUCAAAACUCCACAAACCCUCCAAGGACCACAAAGACAAGCCUCCAAAAGACUUGAAAGAGCCCAAAAGUGCCUUCAGAGAAUGUGGCUGGGAACCCAGCAAAGCCCCCAAAGAACCUUCCAGGAAACCCAAAGAGAACCAACCACUUAGAGAUAUGAAUCCUAAGAUAGGCUUUAAGGAACCCAAGUCUUUGUCCAAGGAACAUCGGACUGAGGGAAUGACCCACGGGUCAGGGCUAAACAAGCGUCUGCCCACCCCCGAUAGUGACGAUCAUGUGACCAAAAAACGUAAAAAGGGAUUUGUGGAUCCAUCAGGGAGGCAUACAUCAGGGUCAGAAUCUCAACAUUUGGAUAAGAAACUCUUGAAGGAUAGAUCACAGAUGCGAACAAGUAAACUGCGACCAGAAGGUGAUGAGGCAGAGCACAGGAAGGUGUCGACACUUCCGCCAUUCCAGGAACUGGUGGACCCCAAUGACUCUGAUAUGGAGGACCAGUCCACCAAAUCAGAUUCAGAGCAACCCAGUCCAGCCAGUUCCAGCUCCAGUUCAGGCUUUGCUCCCACACACCACAAACGACAAGUGGUGGACUUCAUCAUCAGGAAAAGGGUGGCUAUUCCUGCCACCACCCACACAGUGCUGGGCCCGCUGCAGUCAGUCAUGCAGGAUCUGCACUCAGACGACAACGAUGAAGAUUCAGACGACGACAAUGACCAUGACAUGGACUCUGACGGGGAGCGGCCAGCACACACACAUCUUACACACCACCAACGCAGGGUCAGUUUGAGUGAUGGCAGUGAGAGCGACAGCUCCUCGCCCUCACCCCCAUGCCGCAAUGAAGCCCCCCCCUUACUAAAGACUACUAAUAACCAGGGAGCCUUGGUGAUGCCGGUCUGGUCUAUAGCCUGGAGCCAAAGCCCAUGUAUCAGGAUCUAUUUUAGGACAUGGCAAGAGGACAAAUCGAAGACCGGGGUUUUUGGAUGUAUUUUUGGUGCAACAAACUACUCAGCUUACCUGGACGAGCUAGUGGAACUGCACAAAAGACUGAUGACACUCAGAGAAGGUCAUAUCCUGCAACAGAUUGUGAACCUGAUUGAAGAGACUGGACACUUCCACAUCACAAACACUACGUUUGACUUCGACCUUUGCUCCUUGGACAGAAGCACGGUCAGAAAACUGCAGAGUUACCUGGAGACCUCCGGAUUGUCCUGAGCCUCUGAGCAGCUGGCUGCUGGAUCUCUGUCUCCACGUAGACUUUUGAUUUUUCUUGAACAAACUCCAACUUUGGAUGCAAUGUAAAGACCCGCUGUGGGCGGGUCCAGUUGCUGUGUCCAGCCUGCUGGUUGGACCGCUCUGAAUGCAGAAGAACCAGGGCCACGUGUUGGGGCGGGGGGGGAGGGUGAGCCCUGUGGAUCAGGAGAUCACCCAGAAAGCCUUGAAACCUCACUUGAUUUAUAAAAAUAAAAAAACAAGUAGGGAGUGGCCACCUUGUUGCUCUUAAUGAAUGUGCAUAUUUUUACCAUUUAUGUUCUUUGAUUUAUUGUUCGUUGGGACAAAUGCAUGAUCAACAUCGCCUUACUACAUUGUAAGUUUUAUUUAUUGAAGUGUGUGUGUGUGUGUGUGUGUGUGUGUGUGUGUGUGUGUGUGUGUGUGUGUGUGUGUGUGUGUGUGUGUUAAGCACUUGACAGCAGCAUAUAUUUGACUCUGUGUGACAGUUGAGCAUUACUGAAUGUAAUACUGAAUAAUUUCAAUGGGAACAAAAAACUGCCAGACCAGGUGUGAAGGUGACGCUCAUACAUUUAUAUUCCAGUCCAGAAAAGAAGCAAAUCUUGAGGUCCAGAUAAAGAUCCAGCCUGGCUGGGGGAUAACCGAGGCAUUGGUGCGGCUGUACAGCCCCUGUUGUUCCCGUUCACACCUGUGCACCGAUGGCCUGGCUGGUACAGUGGCUGAUUGUCGGUUUCAGAAAGAUUCUGAGUGUGUUGAAGACUGUUAGACAUCCAAGAAGCAUACUGAGGCCUAAAUUGUGCAGGCAUUACUCUAACUUUGCAAGACUCCAUCUGAUUUUGAGCUUAAAAACAAAUCUUUGGUGACUACUUCUGUGCAGAAUUAUAUGUUGGCGCCCCCCAGUGGUAGUAUAAAAAACAACACUUAUCUACGGCUAUUAUUGUCUCCCUCUGCCUCAUGGAUCUGACCAACAAUUUUCACUGAAAUGUCUUUUUCUACAAGCAAACUUUAUCAUGACAUACACACUCUACAUAUGGUGGCUUUGAAUCCCCACCGUUUGGUUUCUCCUCUUACAGGAAGCUCGUUUAAAGAUUUUGUAUUUCUAUUAUUGCAUGUAUUAUAAAACACAACUCGCAAACUCCGACUAAUGUGAUCAUGUGUAUUCCACAUGCAGGAAAGAGAUUGGCUUUCCAGCUGUACAGAUUGAAGCACACCAGCACAUAAUUUCAAGUGCAACAUCUUUUGGCAGUUUUUUAUUCCCAUAUUGUGACACUGUAAUAAAGCAAGACUUGAGUGGCAGCUGGAGUGAGCUGAGCACAAAUGACUAAAGUCAAAGUUCUCAUGCUACAAUCGAAAACCCAUUGGUACCAAAUCCAGGACUAAUGUACUGCAGCAGGUCCUGCUCAUUGGCUGCAACGUGGAGAAAGUUACAGGGCCAAAUGCAUAGUUAAUAGAUCCAGUUGGUUUAGGAUACUGCUAAUGUUUGUCUACAAAGUCUGAUUGUAAGGAAAUCCUUCUCUCUUUGUAGAACGGACCAAGCCCUGUAAGAGGAAAGGGAGAACAAAGUCCCUGCAUGCAGUAUGAGACCAGAAAAGAGACGACUUCUGUCUUCUGCAUUUCUGAAAUGUGUGAAAUAUUUUGGUUACAUUUAACAAAAGAGAGAGCCAGUGGGAAUUUUGGUUGACAGGUACUGUUACGGGUGUCUUUUAUUUAUUUUGUGGGUGUUUGAGUUGUUAAAGCAAAGCUCAGCAUCCAUUUCCCAAGGAGAAUGCCUUUGUUUGAUUUUUAAAGUUCAGGAUGGUAAGCAGUCCCAAUAACCUUGAAGGGCUUUCUUACCCUGUGUUCUGUUUUAUGUUAUUUUGUGUAUUUUGAGGACAUACAAUAAAUAUUCUGUAUAAUGUACCGAGGAGUUAA